ACUCCUCAUACAUCUUGUAUAUUCACAGAGUUGCUUGCAUACCGUUUAAAAGUAACAUCAACGCCCACCGUCGCUAUCAUCAUCACCAUUAUCGGCCAUCAUCAUCAUCAUCAUAAUCCUCAUCACCAUCAUCUUCAAUAGCACCACUGACUUCAUCUCCAUGGCAACCACAACAACAACGACUACAACAAUAACAAGAAGAAGAGCAGAAGAAUCCAGUUAAAACCCGUUCCAAAAAGAAUUUCAACAGUUGAAAGAGGAAUAUGAGGCGAGUGAAGAAUUAAUUCUUGUGUUGUACAUCUUUGGCAGAACUAGCUUCUCCCGAUCGACUGUUUCAAAAGACUUGCUGGUCACUGGAUAUAUAUAGGAUACAUAGCAGCUAGAUCUUCCUGAAAAAACCACCAUCCGCACUUGGGAGAGUCUUAGGAAAUGGUGGACGCGAAACGUAGAGCUUGAUGUAGGACGAAAAAAAAUAAUCGAACAGAACAAUACGAAAAAAAAAAAGACAACAGCCAAACAAUAUCAAAAAGUAUACUAAAAUAUAAAAAAGCCCCAACAAAAACGCAAGCUGAUUGGUCAUGGCUGGAUUGUCUUGAUCAUUGUCCUGCGAAUUCAGAACUGAACAGCAGCAGCAACAACAACAACAACAACACAGACCACCUGAUGCAUAUUUUGUAAACACGCACACGCCUACACACACAUACACACACGUUUACACAUACACACAUACACACAUACACGCAUGCACAUACGCACAUACAUACACACACGCAUAUACGUAUAAGCAUACAUAUACUCACACAUGACGGUUUGGGCCUGAGGUGGUUUAUAUUGGAUCGAAACCGGGUCGAACGGGCUACAGUGAUCCGGAUUUGUAACGACCAAGCAUGAAAACCAGAAGUUGAAUAUUUUGGAUCUCCAGCUGCAGCAAAGACUUCUUCAUUUCGACUACUUAGAUGCCUUUCGGAAAGGAAUGAGUGCCACACAUUCACAUUUUCUCCCCAUGUGGUCUAAAACCUAAACGUUGCCGAUCAGUUGAACGCAAAGAACUGCCUAUACAGAAUUGGGAGCAACGGCCAUAAACAAAAACAUCUACUUUGUCAAACGAACUAAAGAGAGCUGAUCAAGGGAGGCAACCGUUAUAAGAAGCAUUUUUGGAGAGAGCUUUUUUUAAAAAUUAUUUCUAUUCAAGAAUAAUAAUAUUUACAAUGUCUGCAGAUAUGAAUUUUAUAAGAAGCCAUCAUCUGUUGCUAUCCCAGACGUCAUCGCCAUACUUCACGGAGCAACCACUAAUACCGAGCGUUACCGACUAUACAUCCCCGUUUUCGAAGGAUUAUCAUUCAUCGGAGUUUUCCACUUUGUCCCCUCUUCCAUCUCCGUCACAACCAUCCCCAAAACCAUCAUCAUCAACACGGUCAUCUACAUUUUUUCCCUCGCAUUCAUCUACAUCAUCUGCUAGAGGAUGUGCAACUUCCACAUCGUCGACAGCCACAACAUAUUCGAGGUCCACAACAGUUGAUAAAAAACCGGAAGCAGAACCAAAGCAAAGUCGAUUUCUUCCAGUCAUAUCCAAAGAAAAAAGAGCCGAAAUGAAUAUUGUAAUAUUUAACCAAAUCGCUGAGAUCACUCAGUAUUUGUAUCUUUGUGCUGCUGCAGCAGUGUCUCGAGAGAAGGUUCGCUCACUUCAAAUCACUCAUAUCAUAAACUGCACCCUCGAUGUUCCGAACUUCAAAGGUGAAAAUGUUGCAUGCGUCAAUAUCCAGGUAGAUGAUUCUUCUCGGGCACACCUCGGCAUUUACUUUGAUCGUUGUGCUGACAUGAUUCGUCAAGCCAGUUUGAAAAAUGGUAAAGUUCUGGUCCAUUGUGUGGCUGGAGUUAGUCGGUCGGCUAGUCUUUGUAUUGCCUAUUUAAUGAAGUACGAAAGGAUGAGCUUACUGCAAGCUUACAAAUUUGUAAAGAGGAAACGAUAUGUGAUUCAUCCGAACGUUGGAUUUUGGCAGCAACUGAUUGAGUAUGAAAAACGGAUCUUCGGUCGAGCAACUGUGAAAAUGGUUUAUUCUAAUGUGGGUAUGGUUCCGGAAGUCUACAUUGAUGAAGAGAAUGAAUUACUUCGACUUCAACAAAAUUCACGCCAUCGCUAAACAUGCCAACAAGUUUUAUUUCUUUUUUGACAUCUUUUAUAUAUAGCCUAUAUUUAUUAUCGACUGAGUAGAUCACUAGUCGUAUCUUCAUCUUUACUCGUUUUGGCUUCCGUUUCUGAACAACAGUAAUAAUAAUAAUAAUAAUAAUAAUAAUAAUAAUAAUAAUAAUAAUAAUAAUAAUAAUAAUAAUAAUAAUAACAAAAACAACAACAAAAUACAAAAAAGAAUACUAAGGAAAUAUAAAUAAAACUUUGGACGAAAAUAAUUCUCACACAUCUAAAGAUAUCCACGAAAUAGAUUUCAGUCGAGCACCUAUGAAAAUGGCUCAUUCUAGCUGGGGUAUUAUUCCAGAGGUCUAUUUUGAUGAAGAGAAGAACUACUUCGACUUAACGACUUUCAUGCCAUCGUUAAAAAGACAUCAAUAACUCCUAUAUACAUACAUAUAUAUAUUUAGUGUUUUUAUAUUAUCUAUAUUUAUUAGCACUUGGCAAGUUACUUGCAAUAAAUUCAUUCUGAAUUA